AUGAACAAGCUCCGUCAUUUCAACAUUAUGGACUGCACUAUCUCUGAGAUAACGAUGGGAAGUAUAUGCAACAAAAGCAAGACGGUUUCUCUUUCUCCUAUAGACAAUCCGAGAGAGCCAUGUUUCUUGAGCCUCUCCCAAGUGUUUAUACUUGGUUGCAGAUGCCUGAUGGAGCUGACGUUUCUGAUGUUUGCUUCAAAUCUUAAAAAACUUCAUGUUGGCAAAGCAAAUCAACUAGAAGAUAUAAUAAACAAAGAGAAAGCUUGUGAAGGGUGGAGAAUCAGGGAUUGUUCCUUUUGCAAAGCUGGUUUCUCUUCAGUUGGAGCGUCUACCAGAGCUAAAGAAUAUCUACUGGUGUCCUCUACGCUUUCCAUGUCUAAAGACGUCUUCCCUCCGGCAUUAGCGCCGUUGCUCUCCUUCAUUGGAAUACCAUGGAAAAGGUUGUACCGUUCCCAUUGUUUGAGCUGCAAGGCAAGUGGAUCGGGUCGGAUUAAGCUUCCUUCUAAGGAAGAUAUGAUGGAAGAUAUCAAAUCUUUCUAUGCAACACUUGAAGCUCAAGGGGUCUCAAAACGAUAUACUCAUCAAAUGGGAAUUACUCAAUUUGAGUACAAUGAUUGGUUGGCUUCACAAUGCGGAUGCUCAGGAACAGAGGAGUGGAGGAAAGAGAUGUAUUUGGCGACUGGUGUGAGGAAGAGAGCGCAUCCAGAGACGUAUAGAGACGAAUGGGAAGAUCAUCACUUGGUUUCUCAAGUUUACCAAGAUUUCUCUUUGUAUGUAUCAAAAGAUGAGAUUUUAUAA